CCCGAGAUGCCCCAGGGAGGGAGGACAACACCUUCAAAGACCGGCCCUCAGAGUCAGACGAGCUCCAGACCAUCCAAGAAGACAGCGCAGCUGCUCCCGAGGGCCUGGAUGUGAUGGCGGCUCAGAAGAGACCCUCCCAGAGAUCGAAGUACCUGGCCUCGGCGAGCACCAUGGACCACGCCAGGCACGGCUUCCUCCCCAGACACAGGGACACGGGCAUCCUCGACUCCCUCGGCCGCUUCUUUGGCGCGGACAGGGGUGCACCCAAGCGGGGCUCGGGCAAGGAUGGACACCACGCGGCCAGAGCCACCCACUACGGCCCCCUGCCCCCGAAGGCACAGCACCGCCGGCCCCAGGAUGAGAACCCCGUAGUGCACUUCUUCAAGAACAUCGUGACACCUCGCACACCUCCUCCAUCACAAGGAAAGGGAGCCGAGGGCCAGAAGCCGGGAUUCGGUUACGGGGGCAGAGCUUCCGACUACAAAUCGGCUCACAAGGGCCUCAAGGGGCACGACGCCCAGGGCACGCUUUCCAAAAUCUUCAAGCUGGGAGGACGAGACGGCCGUUCGGGGUCCCCAAUGGCGAGACGCUGA